AAAAAAAAUACCAAAAAUAUCUCAACUCAGAGAUUUAAAAAAAAAAAACUACGAAAACGUGAGUGUUUUACGUUCUAUUCUGGAAUUUCAUCAAUUUAUUAUAUGGAUCUAUACCAUCAACAUACUCGUACUAUUUACUUGAGUAAUAAAUUUUGGAAAUUAAUAAAAAAAGAAAUAAAUAAAUUUCUUAGCUGUUGGGUGUAAUGAGAAAAAACUCACAAAAAGCACACGACACAUACUAAAAAAAAAGGACAUAAGAUUUGAAUAAUCUCUUCCAGUCUCUAACUUUUCAUAAUCACACCCAAAAAGGAUUCCACAACAAAUCUAAAAAAAAAAGAAAUAAUAAAAGAAGAAAAAAAAAUAAAAAAAGGAUAUUCAACAUCCACCACCUCCACAUGUUGGGAAAACUCAUCCUGUCCCAGUGCUGUUGCUGUAACCCACACCAUCUUCUACGGCCGAAAGGACGCAUUCAUAAGGAAGCAAGCUGAAGCCAUUCGAGGAAGAAACAACAACAGUCAUCAUUGGAAAGUCUUCGCAAACAGCAUCGGCACUGGCCGCAACCCCACCUACACCAUCUCUAUCCCAUCGUCCUUCCCCUCUUCACCAUCAUCAUCCUCCUCAUCAUCAUCAUCAUCACCAACCACAACAAUUGUCGAUUUCUGAAACAUCCUGCAAAGUGACAGACAAGGCGACGCCGAAGACGGUGAAGGCGUUGAAAAAAACGAACCUAGGUGUGAGGUGGAAUAUGUUUAAGCCGAAACAUCAGGCCAAGCAGAAGCCAAAAGCCAAACCGAUACCAUGGGGCCUGAAAAAAAUCUGUUGGGGGCUGAUAAAUAUAACUGUACCGAGGCAUCAACCACGAAGCUGGAUUGAAACAAACUUUCAAAAACGAGAAUGUAUAAAAUUUAUACCCUGCCCAAAGGACACAGCCGUAUGCUGCUGUGGACAAUCCCGCCCAACACAUCAAGUAAUUCCAGGCAUCGAAGUCGGCUCGCCCGGUGACUCAUGGCUGCCAUACAAACACACCCGCGCCCAACCCACCGACGCAUAUGGAACAAUCGAAUUCCAGGGUGGUGCUCAUCCUACAAAAGCACAGUAUGUCCGACUGUCAUUCGACACUAGACCCGAACUGCUGGUGCAACUAUUCAACAAAGAAUGGAACCUAGAACUGCCAAAGUUGCUGAUAACUGUUCAAGGUGGCAAAGCGAAUUUCGAACUGCAACCAAAGCUCAAAAAGGAAAUCAGAAAAGGUUUAUUAAAAGCAGCCAAAACAACAGGAGCAUGGAUAUUUACUGGAGGCACAAAUACAGGCGUCACAAAACAAGUGGGCGAUGCGCUACUACUCGAAGGACAACAAAGGACCGGUCGUGUUGUUAGCAUAGGUAUUGCACCGUGGGGCAUUGUGGAGAGAAAUCACGAGCUUCUGGGACAUAACCGUGAGGUUCCUUGCCACAGCAUCAGUUCGCCAAGAUCCAGAUUGGCUGUUCUGAACAAUCGUCAUGCAUACUUCCUGCUCGUCGAUAACGGUACUCAAGCCAAGUAUGGUGCCGAGUUGAUCCUUCGAAGGAAACUGGAAAAAUUCAUUUCGAAUCUGAAACUUCAUCCUUUUACACAUUCCAGCACACCAGUGGUCUGCCUUGUUAUUGAGGGUGGUACGAAUACGAUACGUGCAGUCCUCGAAUACGUGACAGAUACACCACCCGUUCCGGUUGUGGUAUGCGAUGGAUCCGGUCGUGCAGCCGAUUUAAUAGCUUUCGUGCAUAAAUACGCAUCCGAUGGCGAUGAACAGCCCGUUUUGGAAUCGAUGAGAGAGUACUUAAUUGGAACGAUUCAGAAAACUUUCGAAGUCGGCCAGGAACAGUCGGAGAAACUUUAUCACGAACUUUUACAAUGUACCCGCAACAAAAAUCUGAUUACGGUUUUUCGAAUACAAGAAAAACCUGAAGGUGAAGCCCAAGAAUUGGAUCAAACUAUUCUAACAGCCCUCUUCAAAUCGCAACAUCUCAGCCCACCCGAACAAUUAAGUUUAGCUUUGACGUGGAAUCGAGUUGAUAUAGCAAGAAGUGAGAUUUUUGUCUAUGGCCAAGAGUGGCCAAUCGGUGCUCUUGAUGAGGCAAUGAUGCAGGCACUCGAACAUGACCGAAUCGACUUCGUUAAAUUGCUUCUGGAGAAUGGAGUUUCUAUGAAAAAAUUCUUGACAAUACCACGCUUGGAAGAGUUGUAUAAUACCAAACAUGGUCCUGCAAAUACGUUGGGAUAUAUCCUGAGGGAUGUGAGGCCACAUAUACCAAAAGGAUACGUAUACACGUUGCAUGAUAUAGGAUUAGUAAUCAACAAACUAAUGGGUGGUGCAUACAGAUCCUAUUAUACGCGCCGAAAAUUUCGCCCAAUUUAUGCCAAAGUCAUGAAUAGCUAUGCUAAUGCUCAUAGGAAGUCAUGCACAACAUACCAACGAUAUGCGGGUGCCAAUUCUCUAAGCCUGGUCACGGGACUGCUUCCUUUUACAUCGGAAAUGGCGCUGUUUGAAUUUCCUUUCAAUGAACUGUUGAUCUGGGCUGUCCUUACAAAACGUCAACAAAUGUCAAUGCUAAUGUGGACACAUGGCGAAGAGGCCUUGGCCAAAUCGCUAGUGGCAUGUAAGCUGUACAAGGCUAUGGCUCACGAGGCUGCCGAGGACGAUUUGGAUACGGAAAUCUAUGACGAAUUGCGGGCAUAUGCCAAGGAAUUCGAAAGCAAGGGUAUUAAGUUACUAGACUUUAGCUAUCGCCAAGAUGCUGAAAAAGCUCAACGAUUACUCACAUGCGAAUUGCAUUCAUGGUCAAAUCAAAGUUGUUUGGGAUUAGCUGUGGCUGCUAAUCAUCGAGCUCUUUUGGCGCAUCCUUGUAGUCAAGUUAUUUUAGCUGAUUUAUGGAUGGGUGGAUUGAGGACAAGAAAAAAUACUAACUUAAAGGUGAUACUUGGUUUACUAGUGCCUGUUUAUAUUAAACGCCUGGACUUUAAAUCCAAAGAAGAAUUGCAACAGAUGCCUCAGACUGAAGAGGAGCAUUUAGAAAAUCAAAAUCUUGAUUAUGACGACUCUGAUAGAUCUCAUCCUGAUGCUGAGAACGCUCUCACUAAAGCGAAAAGAUCAAUUUCACUUAAAUAUAAGAUGGGGAAUAACUCGGCCCAGGUAGUAGACAAUGCUCUUUUGGCAGAUACGUUUUCGAUUCGUGAAACCAAAGUGCAAGAAAAUGGAAAAGUCGACCUGUCAGGAGCGGAAGAACCCGCAAAAGUAUCCUUGUCUGAUUCAGAUCCGUCGCAGUUUCGUGAAUUCUUCAACAUGUCGGACUAUGAAAUCAAACAACAUCAACCUUUAAGACUGCGAAAAAAAUUCUAUGAGUUUUAUACGGCUCCGAUAACGAAAUUUUGGGCUGAUUCAAUAGCUUAUAUGUUCUUCCUGGUGAUGUUCACCUUUACUGUUCUUGUGAAAAUGGGACCAACUCCACGAUGGCAGGAAGUCUAUUCCAUAGCUUAUAUAACAACGCUAGGGUUUGAGAAGAUAAGGGAAAUCAUUUCAUCCGAACCAGUUGCUAUAACUCAUAAAUUUUCCGUUUGGGCAUGGAACAUGUGGAAUCCUUGUGAUGGAGCAGCCAUUAUAUUAUUUCUCAUUGGACUUUCAUUGCGUUUCCGGCCGAAUACAAUGGAUAUUGGACGAGUGUUUUAUUGCGUCGAUAGCAUAUAUUGGUACUUGAGAAUUCUAAAUAUUUUAGGCGUGAACAAGUACUUAGGUCCACUGGUAACCAUGAUGGGCAAAAUGGUCAAGAACAUGAUUUAUUUCGUAGUCCUGCUGGCUGUUGUAUUAAUGAGUUUCGGCGUUAGUCGACAAGCGAUCCUGUAUCCAAAUAAUGAACCCACAUGGCGAUUAAUUAAGGAGGUUUACUAUCAACCUUACUUCAUGUUGUAUGGUGAGGUGUUUGCCGACGAUAUUGACCCACCGUGUGGAGAGGAUCCUCGUCAGCCGGCUUGUGUUACAGGACACUGGGUAACACCGAUAACUAUGGCAAUGUACCUUUUAAUUGCCAACAUUUUGCUCAUCAAUUUACUUAUAGCUGUGUUCAAUAAUAUCUUCAACGAAGUAAACUCCGUCUCGCAUCAAGUUUGGAUGUUUCAAAGAUUCACCGUCGUUAUGGAAUAUCAACAAAAACCUGUGCUGCCGCCUCCGUUUAUAGCCUUUUGUCAUUUUUAUUCGCUCCUUAAAUAUUGUAUACGUAAAGCAAAAGGUCUUGAAGUACAAAGAGAUAAUGGAUUGAAAUUGUUUCUUGAAAAGGACGAUCUAGAGCGUCUUUAUGAUUUUGAAGAGGAAUGUGUGGAAGGAUUCUUCCACGAACAGGAAAUAAUACUUAAUCAGUCGACGGAUGAACGUGUCAAAUACACAACGGAUCGAGUUGAAACAAUGUCACAAAAAAUUGAAGAUAUUAAUCAGAAGGAAAAUUUACAAACUGUCACUGUUCAGAACAUCGAAUUUCGAUUACGAAAAAUGGAAGAAGCAUCCGAACAGAUUCUAUCGCAUUUAGCUGUUAUCCAUCGUUUUAUGUCUGCACAUACGACACUUCCUUCGGAGGACAUUCAUAAUUCCAUUGGAAAUAUCACUACAUCAAUUGGUCCUGGAGAUAUGCAACGAUUCCGGGCGGUUUCCGAAACAGAAAACAUGAAUAGCUUACAAGUGACAAAUCGAAAGAAAUUCAAUCGAUCUCUGACGGAAGUAAGACCAGAUGCCUACAUCUUUGAUGAUGGCACACAUUUCGAGGUGGUUCCUGUGCCCGAGGAACCCGAUGAGGUUGUCAAAUCGAGGGAGGCUCUGAAUGAAAGUGUGGUUCGAAAGAUUUCAGUUCAAUCAGAGGAUUCUGAUAUCUAUACAACGGCGAUGUCACAAAGGCCAUCAACUUGUGAGACUGUUAAACGAACGCCUUAUGUAACGGUGCGACAGGAUACCGAAGCCAGUACGGAAAGUAAAGAUACCCUAACGCCGUUGGGUAAUGAUGAUGAUCAUACGCUGAUUGGUGAUUCAGAUGAAACUGCACCGGAAUUGACAUUUGAGGCUGCCAAACAUCGUGCAAUGCGACAACGAACAGUGUCCUUGUGCCGCAGGAAUUCUGAAACCACACCUGUCUACGACCAACUUAAUCGCUCCCACAUUAGCCUAAAUCAGAUAACGAUGUCCAAACGUCAACUUAGUCUGACUCAAUCAGAACCCGAAAGUGAAAAGGAGCAGACAGUAGGAAAAUCAAUGUUGCAUGCAAAACCCACCCGAAAUAUCCUUCUUAAACUACACUCGGAAUAUACUUCAAUUACGGACGAAUUGGAGAGUGUCUGCCACUUGAUGACAUCUCCGACAGCAUCGCUGCCAGGCAAAGGACCAACUGACCGUCAUAAACAUGAACUAUCCAAAGCAGAGGUUGCCGCCCUUUUGGAAAAGAAACAUCUGACAGAGUGUGAGGAGAAUGAUUACCGAAUGCUCGAAGGACUAUUUCAGGCUCGUGUAUCCGUUGACGAUACGACAGAUGAUUCAACUGAGGGUAUGCCAUUGGACUAUGCUAAUCGACAUCCUUUGCGUCGAGAGACCGCAAUCGAAUUAUCCCCCACAAAGACUGCCGGUGGAAAUAUCGGAAUUGGCGAUUCCAGUGCUGGCUUCCUGCAAAACGAGCGAACCUGGUUGAAAAGUACCUCCGGCGAUCACACAUAUCAAUCGUUGUCGGGAGCACCUGGCUCUCGUGACUUCCUCAAUCCCCCAUACGAAAGUAUGGGCGGUGGAAUCAUCAGUGGCAGAGGAGCUCGUCUCUUCAAGAAAUCCAGUGAAAGCAUACAAAGAAACUCCAGCACUGACACCGAAUACUCGACGCAUCCGUACAAAUUUAUCAAACAAAGUUCCAAUGACACCACCACCUCAAUGACGGGAUCAUACAACAUCGACACACCAUCGCUGGCGAAUGAGUUGUCGCUGGACGCAGGCGAUACCCUGCAACCGACUCCGAUAUUUGAGAACCGCUACCAACCCUUGAGGACAUCAUCGAUGGGUGCUGCUGAUUAUAUCAAAGCCAAACAGGGUUCGGGCGAUUAUCCGCUGCCACCGCCACGCUCAGUGAUGUUCAAAAAGCAAUUCAGCAUAGACCAAAGCAAAAGUUCACCUCAUCGAACGGUUUCAGAAUCUGACAAAACAGAAGCAGCUCAAAUGUCGGCGUCGUCGACGAGUGGCAGUGUCGGGAAGGCUGGUGAUAUUCAGCCUUCAUUAUUAACUGCUGAACCAAUUCAACAACAACAGAAGACUGUUACCGUAGCAGCAAAAUGUUCACUUAAACCACCAACAACCUCAAAACUCGGUAUGAAUAUCCUGAAAGAGAGCAGUUCUAGCACCGAAGAGUCGAAAGACGAACAGCAUUCGGACGGACAGAUGACAAUUCCGACAAUAAGCACAAAUUUGGUGCAGGACGAGAUAGCCAAGCUGUCGUCGAAUAUCAAAAGCAGUACGGAAUCGGACAAGGAUCCGCCUUACAACGAGACAAUGUGCUGAUUGCUGUUAUUUGGUAGUAAAAACCGCCAUUAUCAACGUUCAAGCCGCCGCCGCUGCCGCCGCCACACCACAAACCGCUGUGUAUGCCACAAUAAGUCAAACGUGAUUUGUAGAUUUGUAAAUAAUUUUGUUGUUUUAUAUGAAUAGUCAAAAAGAAAAAGAAUGCAUAUAUUUAGUUUUUAAAAUAGUGUUAGUGAUAGAAAUAUACUUUAUGUAUGAUAGUAUGUUUAGGUAUUUAGAUAACGCUAAGUGUUUUUUUUUUUUUUUUAUAAAUUUUAGUUUUUUUUUUGUUGUUGAAAACUAUUACUUUUAGGGCAUGCUACUAUACGCGAUAUGGGAACACAAACACAAACUGUCCAAGGAUACAAACAAAAAAAUAUCAAAUUAUAUAUUGAACAUAAUCCGUUACUUAUGAUAGGUUUAGACUUUUAAAAUUAUUUAAAGAGAUUUAUUGUUGUUUGAAUUUUUUUUUAAAAUAAAGUUGUACAGAAAAAAGAAUAUAAAAUAUGAAGAAUCCGAGCAAUGUAAAUGGUAGAUGUUGAAAUUUAAAAUUACAAUUUUCAUAAAUUCGUAUUGUAAAAAAAGUAUGUAUACACCAUGGUGUACGUAGUCUAUACAAUUUUCCCGUAGAUUGGAAGCUAGAGUUAGAUGGUGGUGAGAAAUGGAGCUACCUAUUAGUUUUUGAGAAUUGAUAAUGCCAAAUCAUUGUUAUUAACAAAUGGAAUUUGUUGCAAACAAAUAGAAUUUUUUAAAAACCGAUGCUUUUAAUGGAGAAAUAAUUGUUCAUUUUAAAUAAAGAAUAUUUAUUUUAAUUUUUCUAAGUCACUCAGUGUUGUCAGAAAUAUGAAACUAAUUUUUGCAU